AAGAUACCACUCAGGCACCUGUCCCCAUGAUCUCCACAACUAACUUGAAAGCGGCGAAGGUCAAUGCCAAAGGCCAACAACAAUCAUAUCAACAAUGCGAGGAGGCAACCUCAAGAUGAGCUCUGACUUUACCGGUGCAGCGUCUUCCUUUUUCGGCAACACGAGGACAGCGGCCUCUUUGGUCCUUGGCACUUCUCUCGGGGCUCUUUUUGCCCUUUCCAGUUUUUCGAAUAGUAGCAGAACACCUUUGGAGUUUUUCAUGGUCAAAGCCUAUCGAUUGCUGACAUGGACCGCCUUUGUGUUAUCUCUCAACUGCGUGAUUACCUGCACGGUGGCGUCUGCUGGAAUUCUUCAUGGCAACUUCAACCCCAUGGCCGAGACGGCCACAGAGUUUUUGUUGCGAGAGUUUGAGUACGAGUUUGUCGCUCUCAAUUGGUCCAUGCUGGUGACACUGCUCAUGUUCAUUGUCUUGGUGACAACGCGGAUGCUAUUAGAAUUCAAUCUCUUGAGCGAUCCUAACCGCAGUCAAACGGCCAAGUUUGUGGUACUGAGCGCUGUGGCCCUUUUGGCCCACUUGCUUUCGUACAUCAACUCGACUCUGUGCUGCUGGUCCAAUCUAUGGGAAAUGACAGUCCACAUGGUACAAGUCGUGUCAUCCGAUACUCUUAAAGAACCUUCGUCCAUGAAAAUUCUAUCAGCCGUUGCCGCCUGUGGUUCUAUUUACUAUGGAUUGAGUGCGGCAUUGACGCCCCACACUCCACCCGCGGCUACGGAACAAAAGCCAAAGGCAGAGUGAAUGGGCACUGAAGGUGGGGAAAAGCAACAAACAACAGUGCGUUCGUUGCAAGAGCAUGUGGGUGUUCCACACCGUCGACGAUUCGAUUUGAUGCUCUCAGGUGCAACUCGACUCGACCAUGUGGUCAACUGCUACUUUUGUGGAAUGACUCAUGAUUGAGAGAAGCAGAGACGGUUGCUUUUACAAGAUAACUCCGUCCUUUGGAAGUCAUUAUGGACAUCAGUUGCCGCAGGACCAGUGUGGGUGAUCCCCUGUAAUAUUUGCCGCUGGAUGCUGAAUAUAUUCGGCUUUUAAAAGUGUUUUACAAUACAUAGGAUGUCCACUCUCCCACACCUACGGUAGUCAGCGAUACCUGCCUCAUUCAUAAACUCAUAAAGUUCUUGCUCGUGUCUCCAAGAUAGUUUUGAGUUCGUCCGU